UCCAAAUUCAGACAACAUGUAAAUAGAGAAAGGGAAGCCGUAGUUAUGCAAGCACCUGUGUUUCUUGACAGUUGUUUGCUUAUUCAAUGUGUUUCUGUAUCUGAAUGCAGGGCAGAACUUCAUGAGGUCCUGGAAGAAUAUAAAGAAGGAGCUGCAAAAUUUAUAGGUAUGCCAGACACAGUGCUGUACUGCUCCCUCCAAGACCCAGUUGCUCUCUGUCCAUCUGGCUACAACACUAACAAGACAGUGUCCCUGUGGGGGAAUUCAGGGCGCAUGGAAAUGACAGCUUCCAAGUUCAUGGACAUACAGCGUGCCAUCAAGCCAGACUGGUUUCAGUGUAUCUCUGACGGAGACACCAUUUCUGGGGAAGUCGGUCGGAAAAGGGCCAAGAAGUCCGUGGAUAGGUCUCUUUCCUUCCUGGACGUUUGCCUUCAGCUGCUGGAGAAAUCACCAGAACUGCAAGGAAGUGCAAUGAUUGGGGUGAUUGAAGGUGGAGAUAUCUUGGAAGAGAGGCUCAGAUCAGCCAGGGAGACUGCCAAGCGACCUGUGGGUGGCUUUCUGCUAGAUGGGUUCCAGGGCCAUGCCAUGGCCAAGGAGACCAAGCUGAAGCUGAUAGCUUCUGUCACAGCAGAGCUGCCAGAGGAUAAACCAAGAAUCAUCCAUGGUAUAGGCAAACCAGAUGAGGUGCUUGAGUGCAUUGAAAGAGGAGUGGACAUUUUUGAGAGCUUCUUUCCCUUUCAGGUGACAGAGCGAGGCUGUGCCUUAUCUUUCAGCUAUGACUACGAUCCUGAUCCUGAAGCAGCAGUUUUAAAACAAAAUGCAGUCCAGGACGCAGAGAAAAACAAUGCUGAAAAAGACCAGGAUGAAAUCUCCAGAGUUGACCCAGAAAUAACACCAUUUGAGAUAUUUCUGAAGGACAAAAGGUACCAGGAUGAUUUUGGUCCCUUGCUGGAAGGAUGCACCUGUUACUGUUGUCAGAGGCAUACUCGAGCCUAUGUCCAUCACCUCCUUGUGACCAACGAGUUGUUAGCUGGUGUCCUGCUCAUGACGCACAACUUUCAGCACUACUUCAGCUUCUUCAGCGCCAUCCGAGAUGCCCUAAGAGACAAUAAACUGGAUCAGCUGAAAAAGCUAAUCUUCAGGCAGGCGCUCCAGGGCCCAGCAAAUGCAAAGCCAGGCCAGUGAGUUCAGAGAAGGAGGAGAGAGGGAGAACCUGCCAAGGGGGAAGUGUUGCAGGUUUCAUCCUUAUGCAGCGGGGCUAUGAAAACUGAACUGCCAGCAGGGUCACCUGGGCCUGUUAGGCAGUUAAAGGCCGCCCUCUGCGGAGGGAACGGAGAUCUUAUUCAAGCGUCCCUUUCAAUUAAUUGGCUUGGUACGUUCUGGGGAUACGGAGGAGCCUAAACAGCUCAUAAGACCGGUAUAGAUAGCUUUAUUUUCAGUUACUCACUGGUGGAUUUUUGUGUGGAAGAACAAAAUGAACAGAAUGAACCAAGCUGAACUUGGGUUUGGGGAGGAACUAGGGCAUAUACUUCAAAUGAAUCCAGCUGCCUGACAGGAAGCUCAGCAGCUGUCUGGGACUCUCGUUCCAGCCUCAAAGGAUUUUACGGGUUACUUCUUUCAGAAAAUUCCAGUGGCGUUGCUCUCCCCAUCAUGCAGCUCCUUCAUGAGAGAUCCUGCCUCAGUCUAACAGGCUUCUCCUUGUGGCCAAUGCUAGCAUCGACAUCCCUGAAGAGAAACGCGUGGAAGUGCUGUUGUGUUCAGAGGCACAUAGGACUGUAUGUGUACUUCUCUGUCAUGCUGCAUGCAGUGCAGAAUGUUCUCUGGGACAGGCGAAGGCCCUCCAGCUCAGCCUGGCCUUUCCUUAGGGAGUCCUAGCCUGUGGCAUUAGAGCCAGAAAGAAGAGAAAGUGUUUGAUCCGUGUCCUGCUCUACGAUUAUUUUUUUUUUUUGACUCUACCUUUCCACCUUUAUGGACUAAGAUUUCCUCCCACACUAGUGCGUGGUUGAUAACUAACGUAACGUUCUUUCCAACUGCCUUGCACUGGUCUAGCAGAUCUAGCAGACCACACAAACGUUCAUGUGAGACAGAGCUGUGGAAAUCAUAGGAAAAGGCAUUUGGAAAAAAAUUUUUGUGCCUCCUUAUUUUAAAAUAUUACUUGAUUAUGUCACAUUCCUUUUAUCCAGUUGUUUUAUGCCCCUUUCAUUGGAAUCAUGGGUUUAUUCAUCUUAUUACAAAGCAACAAUAAAAAUUUUUCCUAUUCAUUAAAUUGGUUCCUCAAGGUAUGGCAGAGAUGGUGUACCAAAGAGUUUAAGUGCAGUACUCAAGAUGAUGUCUCCUAGAAACUUGAACUAGCAGCAGCCUGAUGGAGGACAGUGACCCAUCUAGCGGUAGGAUCCUGUCACUGAGAAAGGGCCCAUAUCAGUCACUUCAGAAAAAGCCAUAAUAGAAAUGGAAACGUUAAAAAGGUGCUCACUCCCUCUCCCCCAAAAAGAACACGAAUUAAGCUUAGUAAAAUACUGCAGUUAAAGGUUAUUGGUCUUAAAGCAAUUAAGGAUUGAUCUGCAGUUCGCUCUUCCCCAUUACCUUAAUGUUACUGUUUUAAAAUUUUAAUGUCUCGCAUCAGAAUGACUCUACCAUAGAGUUUAAAGAGGCCGUAGUUUGCCUGUCAGCAUUGUCUAUGCAUCCCUGUUUCCGCUGGCAGAGAUAAAGUGGUGUUGGUCCCUUUUAUCUUUCUAAACUUAUCCAAUCUGUUGCACUAUGUUUCUGUUCCACAGGAUCCUAAAGAAAGAAUGCAACAACUACUUGACUGUUAUCUUAAAGUGGAGAUUAGAGGGGAUAAUUCAGCCACAGAAACUGCAUAAAUUAUGUGACUAAUGUCUUUCCCUCCAAAAAGAACCUUAUAAUUGUUAAUAAUUACAAGGAUUGACGCAUUGUUGUACACUGUCUGUAGGAUGGGAAAUACAGCAUGGAAAUACUCCAUGGUGUAGAAGGUUUGACAUUCAGGAUCCACCUAUCUUAAAGGGCAGGGAAUUCUAAUGUAACAAAGUGGUUUCAUGCCUCUUUCGAGAGGGAUGCCAGAAACCGUGGUAGAGUAGUGUUAGGAAGUUGCAAUGUUUCUGCAGUGUUUGUUUCUACUGUUUUGCAAAGCUCAGUGCAAAACCUUACAGGAAGGGAUGGUGACUACUGUAAUACCGAACCAUCUCAUUCACUCAUUCUCAUACCCACGUACUCACAAUCACCAAGAUGCCACAAGUCUGCCCAGCAUUCAGGCACCAAAACACUUGUACCCAGAAGGUCUGCUGAGGAUUCCCUGUGAUGACAUGGGGACAAGGGAUGCUAGCUAUUGUGUCCUCCUCAACUUGCCUUGGUUCUUCUUAAGUUCAUAGCCCUAUUGCUGGUUUUAGAGGUGCAAUUCUGUACCCUUUGGGAGCUAGCUAUGAUCAGUCUCUCCAACCUUCCCACUUCUGUGAGUCAUUAGGAUUUAUCCAUUGUCUUUCUCUCCCAACCUGGGCGUCCUGAGGAGCUACAUGCAGAUGUAAUGGGAUCUUCGUGACGUGCUUAUCUACGUGCCAUCAACACAUGCCAUUUUUAAUAACCUUUCUACUUUUUCUUCUGAUCCUUCUACUCUUUCCAUACCCCUGUGUUCACAUUCAUUCUCCAGACAUAGCAGUCAAUGUUUUUGUUACGGUUCUCUACAUAGUGUUUGUAUGUGCACUGCACGAAUUGACCAAUUUUUUUGUUGGGCAAAAUCUCAUUUGGUCGACUAUAAGCUCCAUCUACUCAGUGUCUUUAACAAACACAGUAAUGAGCUGCAGUGUGUUUUUUUUCUCCCCUGCAGUUAGCUGUCUCUGAAACAACGUUGAUGUGUUGUAUUCUACACGAGUUUUCAAUCUCUGUCAGUCUUCUAGCUCACAUUGUAGAAGUCAAACAACUUUUUUCAUGAUAAUCUAGAAAGUUUUCACUUCUUUUUUUCAAGGAGAGAUCUGAUUUCUUUCAAAAAUAGUGUUCCUGUCCUAACAUGUAAAGAGAACUCUACGUGUUUUCUUCCCCACCUUUCAUGGAGAAGCAAAAAUUAAAAUGAGUAAGGAGUGGAAAGUUUUCUGUGCUAAAUUACCUUUACUUAGCACAGGAAACUCUUCAGAAACAUCCUUGACUGCCUUCCAUCCUCAGAGGAGAUGAAUACAAAGGAGCAGGGACACAACGGUGUGAUACAAAAGCAUUAGGUUUUGGAACACCUUCCCCUUACCAGCUUCUAGUAUGACCUUCCUCUGGAUGAAGAAAAAUCUUUAAUGUUCCUGUUUGUGGUGAGAAUAAUUGGCAGGGCCAAGUGUUAAAUGCAAAGUGCUGUGCCUUUCUGACCACUUCAUCAGUAUUCUGCUCAGUAACUUACUGCUUUCAGCACUAUUUUAAUAUUGCAGUCUCUUCAUCAAUUCCAAAGGUAUGCUUUAAAAUGUAUUAUGGAAAAAAAUUCAAAUUGGUCUGUCACAAAAAUGUUUUUUCCUUUCCUUCAGGUAUGUCACCUCCUCCCCCACACAUGCACCUGCUCCAUCUGUCUUCUUCCUGGGACCCAGUGUCCAUGACAGAUUGUGUCAAGCCUUGUCUGACAGUUCUUAGGGCUGUUGUUCUGUGGCUGUACAGUAUUGCAGGAGCUGUUGAAGACUGAAAAUGUUCCAGCGGGGUAUUCAAUUUAUUUCUGAGCCCAUUAGGUCCAGAGGGCUUUCAGAUCAUGGUGCUUUUAUGCAUAGAAAAAUCAGUUCUAGGUAUGUUUCAGAGGUGCUUUUAAGCAUUGGAUAGCUGGGUUUUUUCCUUACAGAACCCUGUUGAUUUUUGAUUCAUGACCUGUCUUGGCAGGCAAAAAAAUGUUUCGAAAAAUAGUCCCAAUAAAAUGUUUAAACCUUCCUCUCAGUAAUUUCAGAGAGACUUCCUCUGUGAUAUGGGAGAUAUACGCAAAAUAGAUGGUGGUGCAGGCCAGUUGAAUAGUUUUAUUUGUAGUACUCUGGGGGGAUCUACAUAAUUCACUAGGACCUUCCUCUCUUUUCUGGUAAUGAAGCCCUUACUUGUUCAGGUUAUUAAAGAUAUUCGAGCAUAUGCUACCAUCCUGCCUUAAGCACGUUUGUAGGCAAGAUGGGACUUUUCAAACAAAAAAGAGAAUGCAGUUAAAUCCCUUUGAGAAGCUGGCUGUAGAUUAGCAAAGUUGGUGCUGGCACAAAGUGGUUAACGUCUUCCUGCAGCAAAAUGUUCUGUUAUUCCUGCGUUGGCAUUGCUAGUGUGAAUGGCAUCUGUCAGCGUGUGCAUUUUCCACAUAUUGGCUAGGGAAGGCAAUACCUUCCCUGCCUCACAGGGAGAUGCAUUAGAACUGCCUGGUUAUUUCUGCAUCUGUCUGAUUUAAUUAAACUGUUAAGGAACAAAGUUGGUGAAGGUAUGACGCAAUGUGAUGUCUCCCUGUCAUGCUUCUGAUGUACCUUCUCCAGCUCUCAGUUUUGCUCACUCCCCAUCAUUUCAUAAACUUCAGAGAAAGUCUGCUCUCUUCUGCAGCUGUUUCUGUCUAAACAUCUUGCAGAACUCUCUGGGGAGCAGGUUUGGAUGAGAAAGAAUUAUCUGGUUAACGAGGCUUAUUUCAAAGUUGAGCCUUAAAAUGUGCAAAGCUAUGUAGUGGGGACAGGGCAGUAUAUAAAGACAUGUUAACUGGAGGCAUCUGAGUCCAUUAAGCAACUCAGGAUUAGCCAGCUUUCUGUUUUCCUCUCCCCCUGCUACUGUGAAAGCUUUUCAAGGCCAAGGAGGUGGCUGGUGAGCUGGGAAAGGGAACUCUGGUCCAUGCCUGUGGCCCCACAAAACAAGGGUGCAUCUCACCCGUUCAUACUUCCGGAGUGGGUUGAUUUGCAGCUUGUUGGUCAAGAAAAGAUCUUAAACUUAUCGGUCCUGUUUGCGAUGCUUAGAUGCGAUGGCCCAGUGAAGAUUUUCACAGGAGAAAGGAGUUGUUUCAAGGUUCUUGGCCAGAGUUUCUUGAUCCGUUAUGGUGCUGUGUAUCUGACACCUUCCACUCUUGAGCUGCUGCCUCUCUGAGGUACUGGGCAUGUAUUGCAAAGCGUGGA